GACGACGACAGCAGCAGCGCAUUUUUAUUCCAAAUCGAUUUCAAUCACAGAAAGUGCGUGAAAGUGGUGUCUGAUUUUAAAACUGAAUGUGGCGUUGAUAAUUAGCUUUUUCGGUCGGAAAAUUCAUCGAAUUCCUCUGUAAUCGGCUUUGUACUAUUUGUAGUGAUUGGAAAAAAAGGGCGAUCAAGCUGCCUUUGGCCUGAAUUUUAGUGCUCUGUGUUCGUCAGCUCUCGACAACAAAAAUGGCCGAUUUCCUGGAUUCCGAAGCGGAGGAAAGCGAGGAGGAGGAGGAGUUGGAGCCGCAUGAGCGCAAAAAGCUGAAAAAAAUGAAGGCCGUCAGCGACAGCGAAGAGGAGGAAGAAGAUGACGAAGAACGGCUUCGCGAGGAGCUGAAAGAUCUCAUCGACGACAAUCCUAUCGAGGAGGAUGACGACAGCGGCGGAGAAGACUCGGACGGCGGUCACCCGAAGCGGAAGAAAAGCGACGACGAAGACGAGCUCGACGAUCGAUUGGAAGACGAAGAUUACGAUCUAAUCGAGGAAAAUCUGGGCGUUAAAGUGGAGAGGAAACGGUUCAAACGUCUGAAGAAAAUUACCGAUGAGGGCAGCGACGAUGACGAAGCCGUGGAUGAAGGGCUCAACCGAGAGGUGAUCGCCGAGCAACUGUUCGAAGGAUCCGGUGAUGAGGACGAAGAACACCAUUCGGAACGGGAAAGCAACCGUGAUCUUCAGCUGACCGCAGUGGAUAACCCUGACGAGGAAGAAGAAGAUGAAUCCGAUGCCGACGAUUUCAUAGUCGAUGACGACGGUGUUCCUAUCAGCGAUAAGCGCAAGAAGAAGAAACACAUUUUCACUGAUGCAUCGUUGCAAGAAGGUCAGGACAUUUUUGGAGUUGACUUUGACUACGAGGAAUUCGAAAAGUAUGACGACGAUGAAUACGAGGACGAGUCGGAGGUUGACGACGAAUACGAAGAGGAAGGCGGUGAAGAACGCGCUAAACGGCCGAAGAAGCCAGCUCGCAAGAAGACAGCCAAGAAGACCAUUUUCGACAUAUUCGAACCGAGCGAGCUGAAGAGAGGUCAUUUUACGGACUUGGACAAUGAAAUCAGAAAAAUAGAUAUUCCGGAACGGAUGCAGCUGCGAGAUGUCCCCAUUACGCCAGUAGCGGAAGGUUCCAACGAAUUGGAGGACGAGGCAGAAUGGAUCUACAAACAGGCCUUUUGUAAACCUCCUGUGUCUACUCAGGAAACCUAUGCGCGUAAGUCGUCGUCUGCUAUUCCGAAAAUUAAACAAGCCUUGGAUUUCAUGCGGAAUCAACAUUUGGAGGUGCCGUUCAUUGCAUUUUACCGAAAGGAGUACGUCCAGCCAGAUUUGAACAUCAACGAUCUGUGGAAGGUCUACAAGUACGAUGCCAAAUGGUGCCAGCUGACGGCUAGGCGUAAUAACCUGAUGAAACUAUUUGAAAAUAUGCGUAAUCAUCUGCUGGACAAGGUGAUGGAAAAUCCGGAUGAUGCCAUUCCGGAUGAAAUUCGUAUCAUGAAAGACGAAGAUUUCGAUCGGUUGAGGUCUGCUCAGACUCCGGAGGAGUUGCGAGACGUUCACAAUCACUUCCUUCUGUACUACGCCCAUGAAAUCCCAGCUAUGCAGGAGAAGAUGAAACGCAAAGAGCGAGAAAGGAUUCGUCAGGAGAAACUGGAGGCACGUCGGAAAGCACUGGAGUCCAGCGAAGAAGGCGUCGAAAGCAUUGAUAUGGAAAAUUUGGAAAUUGAGGAAGAGCCCUACGCGGAGGAACAUGUGAAACUUAACGUAGAUUCCGGUCCGUACGCUAUGUGUCGUAAAGGUGGUCUGAGUGGAUUAGCUAAGCGGUUCGGUUUGACCCCGGAAAAGUUUGCAGAGAACGCACGAGACAGCUACCAACGGCACGAGGUUGAUCAGGAAGCGUGCGACCCAGCAGACGUUGCGAAAGAGUACGUGAACAAUAGAUUCACCACGGUGGAGGAUGUCCUGCACGCUGCUAAAUUUAUGGUGGCAAGACAGUUGGCUAGAGAACCUCUGCUGAGGAAGUGUGUACGGGAAUUCUACUACGAACGUGCCAAGCUGAGCGUACGGCCGACCAAAAAGGGAAUGAAGGAGAUUGAUGAGAACCACCAGUGCUACUCCAUGAAGUACAUCAAAGACAAACAUGUACGGGAUCUUACGGGAGACCAAUUUUUGAAGCUGAACAUGGGUCAGGAAGAUCAACUUCUAACGGUGACCAUCUCGGAGCGUAUCGAGGGUUCGACAACGUCAGACAUCAUCGACGAAAUGAAAGCCCUCUAUCAGAAGGAUGAGUUUGCCAAAAAUGUGCAGGAGUGGAACACGCUGCGUUCCGAGUGCGUCGAGUUGGCCUUCACCAAGAUGAUCCUGCCGGACUUGAGACGCGAGCUGCAAGCCAUUCUGUUGGAUGAAGCGAAGGAAUGCGUUCUUAAGAUAUGCUGCAGAAAGAUGUACAACUGGAUCAAGGUAGCGCCGUUCAAUCCAGCGUUCGAAGUCGAUGACGAUGAUUACGAUUGGGAAACGUCCCGUGGAAUUCGCGUAAUGGGCGUUGCCUACGUUCCAGACUAUUCUCAAUCGGCUUUCGCUGCCAUCACUGCUCCGGAUGGGGAAAUUACGGACUAUCUGCGUAUACCGCAUCUGAUGAAGCGAAAGAACACCUUCCGAGAGGAAGAGAAAUCGCUGAAGGAAGGCGAUUUGCAGGCGAUUACGGAAUUCAUCCGGAACAAGAAGCCUCACGUAAUCGUGGUAGGUGGAGAGUCUAGGGAAGCGUUGAUGGUGCAGAAAGACUUCCAGGAGUGCGUGAAGACGCUGGUCGAUGAAGAUCAGUUUCCAGAAAUUCAGGUGGAAAUUAUGGACAACGAACUGGCCAAGAUCUACGCAAACUCCAACAAAGGCACUGCGGAUUUCCGUGAGUAUCCUGUUGUGCUUCGACAGGCGAUUUCCUUGGCACGGCGAAUGCAGGAUCCUUUGGUGGAAUUUUCGCAGCUUUGCAAUGCCGAUGAGGAAAUUCUCUGCCUACGAUACCACAUGCUACAAGAACAACUGAACAAGGAAGAUUUGCUGGAAAACUUGUAUCUUGAAUUCAUCAAUCGUACCAACGAAGUUGGAGUGGACAUCAAUCUCACUGUUCAGAACUCGAUCACACUGAAUUUGGUGCAGUUUAUAUGUGGAUUGGGACCGAGGAAAGGACAGGCUCUUAUCAAAGUUCUGAAGCAAACCAAUCAACGAUUGGAAAAUCGUACGCAGCUGGUCACCGCCUGUCACAUGGGUCCGAAGGUUUUCAUCAACUGUUCCGGGUUCAUAAAGAUCGAUACCAAUUCCCUCGGCGACAGUACGGAAGCCUACGUGGAAGUCCUGGAUGGAUCACGUGUCCAUCCGGAAACGUACGAAUGGGCUCGCAAAAUGGCGGUAGAUGCUUUGGAAUACGACGAUGAAGAUGCCAAUCCAGCUGGUGCCCUGGAGGAAAUUCUGGAAUCGCCCGAACGUUUGAAGGAUCUCGAUUUGGAUGCGUUCGCCGUGGAAUUGGAACGUCAAGGCUUCGGCAACAAGAGCAUAACCCUGUACGACAUUCGCGCUGAGUUGAACUCCCGCUAUAAGGAUCUCCGUACUCCGUAUCGCUCUUGCACAGCGGAAGAACUGUUCGAUUACCUGACGAAAGAAACACCCGAGUCCUUGUAUGUGGGUAAAAUGAUGUUGGCCACCGUUGCCGGAAUAAGCCACCGGAAACCCCAAGGUGAUCAGUUGGAUCAGGCGAAUCCCGUACGAAAUGAUGAAACCGGUCUUUGGCAGUGUCCGUUCUGCAUGCAGAAUGAGUUCCCAGAACUUUCGGAGGUGUGGAAUCAUUUCGAUGCUGGUGAAUGUCCCGGUCAAGCUACCGGUGUUCGGGUGAGAUUCGACAACGGUCUGACUGGAUUCAUCCAUAUAAAAAAUAUCUCCGAUAAACAUGUGAAAAACCCGGAGGAACGAGUACAGAUGGGUCAGACGAUUCAUGUGCGGAUAACUAAGAUAGAUGUCGAACGAUUCACUCUGGAUUGUUCAUCAAAAAGUUCCGAUUUGGCUGAUAAAAAUAAUGAAUGGAGACCAAGGAAAGACCAGAACUACGAUCAAGAUGCCGAGGAUAAAGAUAACAAAAAGGAAACUGACACUAAAAAACAGAAACAACGGCAACAGUAUAUAAAAAGGGUAAUUGUGCACCCAUCUUUCCAUAACAUCUCGUAUGCGGAAGCAUUGAAGCUACUAGACCAGUUGGAUCAAGGUGAAGUAAUUGUGCGGCCGUCCAGUAAAGGUGCUGACCAUUUGACGGCAACGUGGAAGGUCACUAAGGACAUCUACCAACACAUCGAUGUACGUGAAGAAGGCAAGGAAAAUGUCUUCAGCUUAGGCCAGUCAUUAUGGAUCGGCAACGAGGAGUUCGAAGACUUGGAUGAAAUCAUUGCCCGAUACAUAAAUCCAAUGGCCGCCUAUGCACGUGAUUUGUUGAAUUAUAAAUAUUACAAGGACACCGAUGGGGGAAUGAAGGACAAGGCGGAAGAAAUCCUCAAGGAAGAGAAGAAGAAAAAUCCAAACAAAAUCCACUACGUUGUGUCGGUAGCGAAAAACUACCCAGGCAAAUUCCUUCUAUCGUACUUACCGAGAAAUAAGUUCAAACACGAGUACAUAACCAUCACACCGGAAGGGUACCGCUUCCGGAGUCAAAACUUCGACUCGGUAAACUCACUGCUCAAGUGGUUCAAAGAGCACUUCCGUGAUCCCAUUCCGAUGGCUACCCCGACCAGCACACCGCGAGGCAGCUCAUCGACAUCCCGUACGCCGUACACCUCGGCAUCACCCAAAUACAACAGCGAUGCAAUCACAAAAUUAGCUCAAAAUAUGCCAACGCAUAUGUUGAAUUCGCUGUCGCAGGCCACCAGUCACACUCCGCGAUACGAUUACACUCCUGGUGAUUUCGGAAGCACCAGCAACUAUGUGACCACGCCGUAUACUCCCAGCGGUCAAACGCCGUACAUGACACCAUACCAACAGACGCCACAUUCUUCGCAAACGCCCAGGUAUGGCUCGUCGACUCCGUCGCAACACUCGAACGGUUCAUUCGUACAUCCGGGAUCCGUGAGUAUGCCACAUCGCAGCCGGGGCGGCGGACAUAACGACCGUUCCGGUAGUUCGCCUUUCAACAACCCUGCGUCAGUAUCGCCGUAUUCCAAUGAAAGCGCCAACAUGGGCCGUUACGGCUCCAUGCAGCAGGAGAAGCGCAACUGGGAAAAGGCGACCGACUCGUGGAUGUCGAAAGGACGAGGAGGUCAUCAGAACCGAGAUGGUGGCCGAAACACUCCUAGAGGUGGAGGUCAGUCUGGUCGAGGGGACUUUAGGCCACGUAACAAAUUCUCCAACGAUUCCUUCGGCUCGUCGAAUAAUCCUCCGUUCAACAGAGGUAACAAUUCGGCACCAAGUCCUCGUCCGAUGUCGAACGCUCCUCAAAAACCCAGCAAUUCCCCAACGCAGGGAGGAACGCUGGCAAGUCUGGGCGAUUCUACACCUUUGUGGGAUGAAUAAGCAGCGAUUAGUGAAUAUGUAUUGCAUAAUACAUCAAAAAGUAAAUUAAGGUAAAAUAUGCAUUGUUAUAAGCCGCAAUGAUCGCUGAAGGAAAUAUUAUCCAUUAACUUAUAGACAA